AAUAGUAAUUUUUAGGAAACGUGAUCAAGUCAUAUAAAAAUAUUCACAAUAUAUAAAUUCAAAAAUUUCGAUUUAAUUUAUUUUCAGCAAAAUGUUUUGGCCAAACACUUUUUUUAUCCUUAUUUUCUGGAAACUAAUUCCAAAACUGUCUAGUCAAUAUGUUGGAUGUAGAUUGUUUAACGAAUUGUCGACAACCGAUGAAGUAACAUGGGGAUGUUCAAACGUUACGUUGAAUCCUACAGACCUUGAAAAAACAGUAAAGUUCCGAAUGGUAAAUACAAAAAAUGUAACCGUUUUGUGGUUUCAAAAUAAUACUGGUGGAUUCGAUUCAGAUGUUUUCCAAAAUUUUACACAGGUAAAGGCCUUAUAUAUAGUAGAAAAUGUUUUUGAAACGUUUAAUCUCAAUUUUACCAACAUAGAAAGGCUUUGGAUGGUGAGAACAACAUUGCCCAGUGAUACAACCUUCGCAAAUUGUUGUCCUAGAUUGGAACGAUUAUUUUUAAAAUCUAACGAAGGCUUGAAUUUUGAACUAACUGGGUUUAGAGGGAUGAGCCGUCUGCAUCAUUUGAAUUUAAAAUUACAGAAACUUAAACAUGUAACCAGAAAUACAUUUAGAGGUCUGAGUCGGUUGAAAACAUUGACACUGGUGCAUUGUGGAAUAGAAAGUAUAGCUGAAGGUUCUUUCGAUGAUCUUUCAAAUCUAAGAGAAAUCGAUAUAGAAGAUCAUAAUAUCACGAGAAUAGCCUCGGGUGUUUUUGAUUCUAUGCCUAAACUCACAUCUUUGACUAUUUAUGGAGACAAUAUACCCCCGCUUUCGCUCAGUAUGUUCAAAAAUCAAAAAAAAUUGAUGCAAAUUGGAUUACCACUAAAUACUUGGAGAGUUGUUGAUGUUGAACAAAUACCUACCAUGUUUCCAAGACUGAAUUUCUUCUCGCAUAUCGGAACGUGGGACAAUGAAGAAGACAAAUUCGAUUUGAAUAAAAGAGUAUUUCGGAGAUUAUCAGAAUUACUCGAGAAUAGUGAAAGGUUUUCGUGAAGAAUAUUUUAAAAUGAAUUAUAAUCACAUUGUUUUACGUGAGGAAUAAUUAUUAUAGUUUAUUUAUUCUAGUAUAAGUCUUUGUAUUGCUUAAACUAUAUACGAAAAUAAUAAAAUUUUGGGGAAAAAUAAUUUUAGUUCCUCUCACUUGUUGGUGAUAAACUUAUAGUAAGUAGACUCAAGUAAUUCUCAUCCGUUGUGUAAUAUUCACGAUGUUUGAAUGAACGCCAUUGUUACACUUUCUUUGUUCGAUUUCGUAUCCCUUCGAAAAAUGGAGAAAUGUAAUAGUUCUAUUGACCUCCACAAUGUGUUAAGUACUUUUAUCUAGGUAUAUUUCCAAUAAUAUUUUCUCUUAAGUUACCACAUCCCAAGUAACUUGUACAUCAUUUUGAGGUAUCAAUAGUAUCUGUGGAAGAUAAGGUUAUUUCUCAAAAGUGAAACGCAAUAACUUAUACCUAUACCAUUUUCCCACAUAUAUUCCAUUCAUGAUCCCAAAUACCUGAAUUCUGCAUCAAGCUAUUUGAUCCAUAGAACAAACUGAAGACGUUCUAAGGUACAUCCAAAAGUUCUGAUUCGGAAAUAAACAGUUCACGAAUUUUGCUGAGACUCCUAACAAGUCUUACUCCUUGAUCUCUAGGACCAAGAAUCACUGAUCUAUCAAUGGAAAUUUCAGUAGAUUUAUGUAAAGCAUUAGGCGUCAUAAACAAAUAAUAGAAGUUCUGUACAACGGGAUGAACAAAUAAAAGCAACCUCUCAAUAUGGUUUGAAGCUAUAAGAAAUAAUUAAAAAAUAUUUUUUUGCAAUAUCCUAACUCUAGUAAAUAUAUUACUAGAAACGUAACGUAAAUAUAAUUUACUUUGAACAACAUUUAAUAAACACCAAAAUUACUUUUCCCCAACCCAAUAUGUUCGAUAUAUAAGUAGUCAAGAAAACAAUUAUUAAACGCAUGUAAACAGGUAAUGAUUGGAAAUAAUUCAACUGUUAAUUGAUGAAUUGAGCUACAACAUUCCGCGGUAGGAUAUUAUAACUAACUCUCUUAAAGAUCAAUUUCCUAGAUCCUUCCCGAAAUAAACACUUGAAUAAAUUUUAAUAACUUCUCAAUCAUCGUUCAAAUCCAAAUUAAAAAUAUAUUAUUAUUAGUUAUUAUUUGUAUUUGUAUCUUCUUAAUAUCCCACCACACGGUAGAACCGUCACUAUAACAUCUUGCGUUUACACGAUUCCCGAGGAGGAAAUCCAAUACUUCUCGAAAUAUUAAUAAAUAAGUAUCUAUAUUGAAUCUCUUUUUUUUUAAUAUCUCUGAUAGAAUAUAUAAAUUCUUAUUUUGAGUGUUUGUCGUCCCAGUUAUCAAUUGGUAACAUGUCUAUUGUUGAAAAUAAAGCUGACCCAGUAUUACUGUACAAACAAAAUUCGUAAUACUCAGUAACGAGUUCAAAUUAUAUGUAUAACGACAAUAUAAAAUUUCUUUUGGGGGUUCGUCAUUUUAUUUUAUGCUAUAAAUUUCACAAAUUCUCUCACGAAUAGAUUUUGGAGGUCUGUUAUUUUUUGUUUGCUCCGACUUUGGCCUAACACCUUCUUUGCAGUGGUGCAAAGGAUGUGAAACAAAUAUUUCAGCAUAUGCUGCUAAAUCUUGUGCUUUCACCCGCAUUGUUUCCAGCUGUAAAUAGGGAGUAAAUGCUCUUUCGCAGAAAGUAAGAUAAGUUAUAUCAUAUUAUCAGUAGGUUUUGCAGUGCUGUUAGCGAGAAUAACUUUCGAUAUAGAAAAUAAUAAUUUCUAGGAUUUUCUUUAUUAAAAAUACGUUUCAUAUAUCCUUGCUCAUACUCUGAGUGAAUGAUGUAUCAGUCUGGACUCUCCACGUAAUAUUGUCAAAGCAUUCAAGUCUUACUUGCAUUUUUAAUGCAUAUUAUCAUGAACAAAUAACCCAAUGAGUCUUCAUGAAUAAUUUUCUAAGUACAAGAUUGAUCUACUAAGUAUCUGAAGUGAAUCAAGUAUGAAUAUAUACCGAACUUACAAAUGUAAUAAUAACUAAAUGCAAAGACGAGUUAGAUCAUUGCCAUAUUGCUACUAGCAGCCCAAUCAAACUUACUAAUUAGCUCGGAUGAACUAUUUGGCUACUAGGGUGUUAGCUGGCAUGAGCGUUUCAUUGAUCUACAUCGUUAUGGCUUUCAAGGUCAAAUACGCUGUAUAAAUUUGCCUCUAUCAAUACUGCGGACCAUAACAUGGUCGAGACCUUGUAUGCUCAACAUAUAAUAUUUGUGUUUUUUUGUUACUCAAGCAUGAACUUAAUUGGAGUAUCACUUGACCACUUAUUAUACAUUUUGAAACACAAAUUUCUAAAUUUAAGAGAACAUAUCAAAUAAAAUAACUGUGAUAAAACCACGCGAAAAAGUGGGGUUCAAACUAAGCGAGUGCAGGCGAAAAUUGAUUACAUUAGGUAAGAAGGAGAAAAAGGGAGCGAGGAAGGGAAUUUCAAUUACGGCGAGUAAGUGAUUAUAUUUCAGCUGCUCAGAACGAGACAGUUUUUAGGUGUGUUCCGCGAUGUUAGCAUUUCCCCGCGAAGUAAUAAGAGAUAAUGAAAAACAGUUUUUGACACUACUGUUUCUAUAAGUAGCUGAUUUCAAAUCUCACAGUCACUUGCAAAUUUAUUGUUCUUGAAUAAAAUUUAUUGAAGUUUAACUUGACAACCUGGACAUUUUCAAAACGAAAACAAAACGAAUUGGGGUAAGUAAGGAAAAUGAUUGCCUGGUUGACUAAUUGAACAAUUGACCGAUAAUAGUGAGAAAAUUGGAAAAGAAGACGGACACUCUCCAGCCGCCAACGUAAUAAUACUGGCCGCCAAGGAAAGCGAGCGGCCGGCCAAAGAAUGGCUGAAUUGUGUGGGGUUCUUAUUGGACCUUCAAAUGACUCGCUCAUCACUCUGCGGAUUACAUUGUGACUUACUGUCACGGUAGAGUGGGUGGGAUUGGGUAAUAAUUGUUUCUUGAGAGUAUUAUGUAGGAAGCCAUUAAAGCGCGUUGAGAUUUGAUCCGGUUGCAUUUUAGAGAUCAGAAUUCAAACAGCAAAUCUCAGAGACAGUGUGUUCGUUAUAGAGUAUUAAAACUACAUAUCCUAAAUUAUAUUAACUGAAAGUUUCUGGCUAAAGCAAGGGGCGUAAGGAAAUGGCGAGUAACUGUGGUUAAUAUUUUGCGAAGGGCGACCUAGUCAAUUACUCCUUACUUACCCAUUUGGCUCAAGUCAGAUAGGUUUAUUUGACUUUAUUUUUCGAGUAUAACAAGGAUACUCAAAUAGAACACUUCAUAAGUAGGCACGUAUCUAAAUUAUUUAGUUAUAAUGUAAAGUAAAGUAAAAUUUCUUUAUAUAGUUCUAGUAUUUAUUAUUUUUAUCCUAAAUAAUGCAAAAUAAAAAACAUAGA